GCUGGGGAGGGGGUGGCUGGAGACAAUGUGGCCCCAAGGCAGCGAGCACCAGGACCUGCAGUACUGAGACCCCCGGCCUGCCCAAUAGAAGCCCUCACCCAUCAGAUAACAAGGACGCAGCUCCACCAUGUUCUCCAGGAAGAAACGGGAGCUCAUGAAAACCCCUUCUAUCUCGAAAAAGAACCGGGCAGGAAGUCCCAGCCCACUGCCCUUGGGGGAGCUGCCCAGGAAAGAAGGGGCUGAAGCUGUGUUAUCUCCACCAAGCUUGGAGCCACCAUCUGCAUCCUCCGGUGUCAAGGCCACAGGCACACUGAAGCGACCCACCAGCCUGAGCCGCCAUGCCAGUGCAGCUGGCUUCCCACUGUCUGGUGCUACCUCCUGGACACUAGGCCGGGGCCACCGAAGUCCUCUGGCAGCCUUCAGCCCCAGCGAGCUACCUACGGAGGGUCCCUGCCCUGAUGCUAUUGAGGACAUCUCCCACCUGCUGGCUGAUGUGGCCCGUUUUGCUGAGGGCCUAGAGAAACUCAAGGAGUGUGUGUUGCGUGAUGCAGACCUCCUUGAGGCCCGCCGGCCGUUGGCCCAUGAAUGCCUGGGUGAGUCAUUACGUGUAAUGCGCCAGAUCAUCUCCAAGUACCCGCUGCUGAACACUGUGGAGACACUCACAGCUGCUGGCACCCUCAUUGCCAAGAUCAAAGCCUUCCAUUAUGAGUGCAAUAAUGAGUCGGACAAGAGGGAGUUUGAGAAGGCCCUGGAGACAAUCGCUGUGUCCUUUAGUAGCACUGUGUCCGAAUUCCUCAUGGGUGAAGUGGAUAGCAGCACCCUCCUGGCAGUACCUCCUGGGGACCCUAGCCAGUCCAUGGAGAACCUGUAUGGAUCAGGCAAUGAGGGCACCCCUCUCAGCACUGAGGACUGUGACAUGGGCUGCCUGCCUCCAGAGGAGGUAGACCUGCUGCUACAGCGCUGUGAGGGUGGUGUGGAUGCUGCCCUGCAGUAUGCCAAGAACAUGGCCAAGUACAUGAAGGACCUCAUAGGCUACCUGGAGAAGCGGACCACCCUGGAGAUGGAGUUUGCCAAAGGCCUGCAGAAGAUCGUGCAUAACUGCAGACAGAGCGUUAUGCAGGAGCCCCACAUGCCUCUCUUGUCCAUCUACUCACUGGCCCUGGAACAGGACCUGGAGUUUGGGCAUGGCAUGGUGCAGGCAGUAGGCACCCUGCAGACCCAGACAUUCAUGCAGCCCCUGACCCUGCGGAGGCUUGAGCAUGAGAAGCGCAGGAAAGAGAUCAAAGAAUCCUGGCACCGCGCCCAGAGGAAGCUGCAAGAGGCAGAGUCCAACCUCCGCAAGGCCAAGCAGGGCUACAUUCAGCGCUGUGAGGACCAUGACAAGGCCCGCUUCCUCGUGGCCAAGGCUGAGGAGGAACAGGCAGCCACUGGACCUGGGGCUGGCAGUGCAGCCUCCAAGAACCUGGAUAAACGGCGGCGGCUGGAGGAGGAAGCCAAGAACAAGGCAGAGGAGGCCAUGGCCACCUAUCGCACAUGUGUGGCAGAUGCUAAGACACAGAAGCAGGAGCUGGAAGACACCAAGGUGACAGCAUUGCGGCAGAUCCAGGAGGUCAUCCGACAGAGUGAUCAGACAAUCAAGUCGGCCACCAUCUCCUACUACCAGAUGAUGCACAUGCAGACAGCCCCACUGCCAGUACACUUCCAGAUGCUGUGCGAAAGCAGCAAGCUGUAUGACCCAGGCCAGCAGUAUGCCUCCCACGUGCGCCAGCUGCAGCGCGGGGAGGAACCUGAUGUGCACUACGACUUUGAGCCCCAUGUUUCCACCAAUUCCUGGUCCCCGGUCAUGCGUGCCCGGAAGGGCAGCUUUAACACUGGUGAUGCUGCAGGAGCAGAUACCACCAGCAGUCCCCUAGAGGAAGGUGGCUCCCAUGAGGAGGCACUUUCCAAAGAACACAGGGGUAAGUGUCCAGUGGGCUCGUGGAGCAGGCACUGGCUCCCUGAGGCCUCCCAGAGCCCUUUAUUACAGAUGCCUCCCUCCUCAGGUGGGAGAGGACACCAGGUACAUAAGUCAUGGCCGAUCUCGAUUUCUGACUCAGUUGGCAGUCUGGACCCUGGCACUGGCUCAGGGGACUUUAAGAAGUUUGAGCGAACAUCAUCCAGUGGCACCAUGUCCUCCAGUGAGGAGCUGGCGGACCAGGAGAGUAGUGCAGGAGCUUCAGCCUUUGAGCAGGAUGACCUCAAUGGCAUGGCCCCUGAACUGCCAGCUAUGCCCAGUGGGCCCUUCCGUAACGUGGGGCUGUCCAAGGCUGCCCGCACCCACCGGCUCCGGAAGCUCCGCACACCAGCCAAGUGCCGGGAGUGCAACAGCUAUGUCUACUUCCAGGGUGCUGAGUGUGAGGAGUGCUGCUUGGCCUGCCACAAGAAGUGUCUGGAGACCCUGGCCAUCCAGUGCGGCCACAAGAAGCUGCAAGGCCGGCUUCAACUCUUCGGUCAGGACUUUGGCCAGGCGGCCCGCGGCACCCCUGAUGGCGUGCCCUUCAUUAUCAAGAAGUGCGUCUGCGAGAUCGAGCAGCGGGCACUUCGCACAAAGGGCAUCUACCGGGUCAACGGGGUAAAGACGCGUGUGGAGAAACUGUGCCAGGCCUUUGAGAACGGGAAAGAGCUGGUGGAGUUAUCACAGGCCUCGCCCCAUGACAUCAGCAAUGUCCUCAAGCUCUACCUGCGCCAGCUGCCGGAGCCACUCAUCUCCUUCCGCCUCUACCACGAGCUCAUGGGGCUGGCCAAGGACAGCCUGAAGACAGAGGCCGAAGCCAAAGCGAGUUCCCGGGCCCGGCAGGAUGCCUCUGAGAAUAAGGCUCAGGCAUCGGCAGUGACUAUGGCAGGCCGGCUGCGGGAGCUUCUGCGGGACCUGUCGCCUGAGAACAGGGCCACGCUGCAGUACCUGCUGCGGCACCUACGCAAGAUCGUGGAGGUGGAACAGGACAACAAGAUGACCCCCGGGAAUCUGGGCAUCGUGUUUGGGCCCACCCUGCUGCGGCCGCGACCCACCGAGGCAACUGUUUCCCUCUCCUCACUGGUAGAUUACCCCCACCAAGCCCGCAUCAUUGAGACCCUCAUCAUCCACUAUGGCCUGAUCUUUGAGGAUGAACCAGAGGAGGCACCUGAAAGCCAGGGUAGGUCAUCCAACCAGCAGACAGAAGUGGUUGUCCCGGUACCAUAUCUGGAGGCCAGCAAGGGGGUUGCCUACCCCCUGCAGGAGGAGACGGAGGAUGGGGGACAAGAAUCUCAUGUUGUAUCCAAUGACUCUGACUCAGAGCUGGAGGAGGCCUCUGACGUAUUAUCAUCAUCAGGCGCCAGUGCCCUACACCACUUCAACUUCCUAGAGAAGCAAGAGAGCGAGGCCAGCUUAGAGGAGGAUCCUCGGAGUGGCAGUGGCAGUGAGGAGCACCUGGAGACCACAGCCGGGGAGGAUGGUAAUGAAGAUGAGGAUGGUCCAGCCCAGCGGCUCUCCACAUACAACACCAACCAGUCCAACAAUGUGAUGGGGGUCUGGUAGUCCACCAUGAGACUCCAUGGUGGGCGGAUUGCAAUGGACACCUGCUGGGAGAGGCAGCCAGAGUUUGUCUGAGCUGGGGCAGGGUCCACAGCCAGCUUCUCUCCUGAGAGCGCCUGACCCAGGGUGCAGCUCACCCACAUUGUUCUGGGGUGGCUGCCACAAGCACCUGGACUUGGACAAUCCCACCAAUACAUAGCUUCUUCCUUUUACCCCACACAGUGGAGAGGAGCCUAGAAGCUUCCAGGAGCAUGAGGGGUCAGCAAGGCUAUGGGAACCCUGCACACCCCUCCAUGAUCUGGAGCUACAGGUGCCCACAGGGCUGUGUGGAUGGAGGAAACUGUCCCUACUCAGGGUACUGCUCACUCCCUCCUGGGAGGGAGUGGCGGGCGUCUGUAGUCCCAGCUAUGUGGGAGGCUGAGACAGCAGGCCCUGCCCUGACCUCUUGCUAUCAUAUUGCCUGGACAAAAGCAACGUCUGGGGCAGGAGGCCAUUCUAGAAGCCAUGGAUGGGGUGGAGGCCGGCCUUUGGUGCAGCUUCCUGGGUCAUAGGUUGGCUGAGCCCAGAUACCACCUUCAGAACAGCCUCACUUUAUAAAAAAGACUAUGCUUGGAUACCUGGGAUAUAGGUACAUGAUGAAGUUGCUUACAGGUCACAGUGUAAUUCUUUGACAUGCACAUUUACUUUGUUUCAAAUAAAGUUUUUAAUUUGGUUUGUUUCCUGUGA